UGGAAAUUUCGAAUAUGAGGAAAGAAAAAGGAAAGGUGGUUGUAAUUUACCACUUCACCUGUAAUCCUCCUUUCUCUCGGGAGAUUCAGAAGCCCAAUAUAUCUGUCGAUUUGAUCUAGUAGUAGUAUUUUAGUUUCGAAAAUGGCAGAUGGUUCCUGGAGUGAAGAAACCCCUUUUGUUUCACGGACUUACGACGUCUUCUUGUCUUUCAGGGGAGAAGAUACUCGCCGGUCCUUCACCCACUUCCUAUACAACGCUUUGGUGGAGCGUGGGUUUUCAACAUUCAUGGACGACAAUGAACUCGAACAAGGAGAAGGGAUUGGGUCCGGAUUGCUGAAAGCGAUCGAGGAAUCCAGGGUCUCCGUCGUCGUAUUGUCGGAAAACUACGCGUCUUCAAGAUGGUGCCUCGAUGAGCUCGUGAAGAUCAUGGAGUGCAGGAGGACCUUGGGACAGGAUGUUCUUCCUGUUUUUUACGGCGCAGAUCCGUCCGACGUGCGGCGGCAGAGGGGAGUUUACGCUGAAGCAUUUGCCAGGCACCAACAGCGUUUCGAAGACGACCAGAUUCAGAGGUGGAGAGCUGCUUUGACUGAGGUUGCCGAUUUGUCGGGUUGGAUCUUUCAAAAUGGGUUUGAAUCGAAGUUUAUUCGACUUAUCAUUAAUGAGGUCGCACGUAUAGUAUAUGGUGCAUCUGUAAAUGUUCCAGUCUAUCUAGUUGGAAUAAAUUCCCGUGUUGAAAGACUCAAGGAGCUGCUAAUCUUGGGGUCAGACGAUGUUCGAAUUGUUGCAAUCCAGGGGAUGGGCGGAAUAGGCAAGACUGUAAUUGCUAAAGCUGUAUAUAAUCUUAUACAUCAUAAGUUUGACCGCAGUUGCUUUCUUCCAAAUGUUAGAGAUACUUGGAACCAAUACAACGGCCCUGUCGAAUUACAAAAAAUGCUUCUUUCUGAUAUCCUACUUGAUAAAAAGCAAAGCAUUAGAGAUUCAAGUCAUGGAAUUGAGGUAAUAAAACAGCAAGCAUGGUGUCGAAGGGUUCUUCUUGUCCUCGAUGACGUGGAUCAUGUGGAACAAUUGAGGACAUUAGCCAUAAAUCGUGAUUUACUACAUUCUGGAAGUAGGAUCAUUAUAACAACUAGGGAUUUGAAUUCAAUAAGUUCGGUUCAAGUGAGUGAGGUGUAUACACCCGAGGAGUUGAAUGAGGAGGAGUCUCUUAAACUCUUCAGUUGGCAUGCUUUCAAGAAAGACCAUCCUCUAGAAGGCUAUGAGAUUCUCUCAUCCGAAUUGGUGGAUUAUGCUCAGCGGAUUCCUUUAGCUCUUAUAGUUUUAGGCUCCUUCUUUUUGGGCAAAACCAUACCUGAAUGGGUAAGUCGCUUGGAGAAGUUAAAGAAAGUUCCUGAUGAUGAAAUCCAAGGAAGACUUAAGAUAAGCUUUGAUGCACUUGAUUCUGAAGAAAAGGCCUUAUUCUUAGAUAUUGCAUGUUUUUUUGUUGGAAUGAAUGUAGAUUUGGCAAUCACAAUACUAGAAGGUUGUGGUUUCUUCCCAGAAAUUACUAUUGGAGUUCUAGUCCAUCGUUCUCUUUUAAAAAUUGAUUCAGAUAACCGGCUGAUGAUGCAUGAUCUGAUUCAGGAUCUUGGUAGAGAAAUUGUCCGCCAAGAAUCUGUUCAUGAACCUGGAAAACGUAGCAGAUUGUGGGACCAGAAGGAUGUUCUUCAUGUACUGAAAAAUAACAUGGGAACAACGAGAGUUGAAGGCUUGGUCCUAAACUUGUCAAAUUCAAAUGAGCUACAAGUGGAUGCAAAUGCAUUUGCACAUAUGAACAGACUGAGACUGCUUCAUCUCAAUUAUGUCCACGUAGUUGGGAGCCUAGAACAUAUCUCCAGAAGAUUAGUAUGGCUGUGUUGGAAAGGUUUCCCUUUGAAUUGUAUACCAUCUACCCUCUUUAUGGGUAACAUGGCUGCUAUUGACUUGAGCUAUAGCAGACUCAAAGUAGUUUGGAGAGAAAUUAAGGUUCUGUAUAAGUUGAAAUACCUCGAUCUCAGUCAUUCCUAUUUCCUGACCAAAACCCCGGACUUCACUGGACUCACCAGUCUUGAAAUAUUAUUGCUUAAUGAUUGUACAGAGUUGCUAGAGGUUCACCAUUCUAUUGGAUGUCUACAAAAUCUUCUUAUCUUGAAUAUGAAGAAUUGCCAAAAUCUUCACAAGCUUCCAGAAAGUGUAUUCAUGUUGAAAUCUCUCAUCUGUGUUGAUCUCUCUGGCUGCUUCAAAUUAGGCAUGCCAGCAGAUAGAUCAUUGUAUUCAAUCAUCCUGUCUUUGGUAUCACCAGCAGGACAUCCGGAUUUCAGUGGGAUGUUGCCAGCUUCUAUACAGGGACUAAGUUCCAUUUCAAAACUAUAUCUGGAAAACUGCAAUAUAUGUUAUGUGCCUGGUGAAAUCGGUAGUUUGGUCUCCUUGCAAUUUUUGAAUCUUAGCAGAAACAAUUUUGCUAGCCUACCAGCUAACAUUACCAGCCUUCCUCAACUGAAGGUCCUCUAUCUAAACCAAUGUACUGAGCUUCUUUCACUUCCAGCUCUUCCAAGAAAGUUAAAGGGAUUGAGUGCAAACUACUGCACAUCAUUGAAAUGGAUAUCAAUAGAAUCAAGAAUGGAUGAAGCCCCAUUCAUGACUUUUUAUGGUUGCCCCAAGUUAGUUGACAACCUUGCCAAUGUUUUUAGAAAAAUUCUACUCAAGUACCAGGGACUCCCGGAACAAGGCGAUUUUAGUAUUUUUCUUCCUGGAAGUGAGGUUCCGAACUGGUGUAACUACCAGUGUGUGGGAUCAUUUCUAUCUUUUCUGGUGCCUCCGCUGGUGGAUAGGAAGAUACAAGGGUGGAUUUUAUGUGUUGUCUUUGCUGGCCGUUGUGACGACGACGACGACGACGACGACGACGACGACGACGACGAGGAUGAUGAUGAUGAUGAUGAUGAUGAUGAUAAUGAUGAUGAUGACGAUGACGAUGAUUACAUGCUUGCUAUUUCUUAUGGUAUUUACAAUAAAACUAUGGGCACUAAGAAGCGUUACCAACCAACAGUUGAUGGCUAUCCUGUGACGUGUGAAGAUCAGAUGUGGCUCAACUAUGUGCCUCACCGGUAUCUUGAAUCCGAGUGGAAGGAACUUGAAUCUCCAUUGAGAGGUGGUGAUGAAGUGGAGAUGACAAUAAGAAUAGACAAGUGGCGGCAGGUGAAGAAGUGUGGGGUUAGUCUCAUCUACGAGGGUGAUGAUGAGGACACCUUGCCUUCCAAUGAUCAACCAGAGGAGAUGGCCUUGCUCACGAGGCUCGUAUCGGAUGAAUCAUUUCUUUUUGAGAUUGGAAUGUUAAGAUACAAGAAGAGGGACUAGCAUUGGAAUUUUGGCUUUCCAAUUGCAAAAGGCCUGAAGUGAGUUCAAGCAUGAGAACAACCACUUUAGGCUUUAAGUAUAAAUUAUAUCCAUUCCACUGAUCCAUUAUGAAGAUUUUGUUGUAAAAUGUUUUUAUGAAAGAAUUCUGCGAUACACCUUUAGAAGAACUGUGUGACUUGGCUUGUAACACGGUAAAUUUUUUGUUACCUUUCCUCAAACCAAGUAAAUUUUAUCCUUUAAAUUUUUGAUGCAACAUGACUCAAGUCAUUUAAA